AUGUCUGGAUUUUUCAAGAGUUUGCUCUCCAAGACCCUCACAACUUUCUUGUACAAAUAUUUGUCGGAUGUGGAUGUGGAAGGCAUCGCUCUGCCAUCUGUGUAUGAUGGGUCUGGGUGGGGUGUUCGGCUCUCGAACGUCAAACUGAGAGAAGGAGUUCAGCUCAUGAAGAAAAUGCCAGGAAGCAAAAUAGGGAAGCGUAAACAAAAGAGAAAACUAACGCGGAAGAAAACGAGAAUAGUGAAAAGGAAGCGGAAGCAAAUGGUCAACCACAAACAAGAGAUAAGCUCCACCGCGGCCAUAUCUUUCAAGCCUGAUUCUACAGAACAGGGUGGGGACGAGAAUGAUGUUCCAACGGUGCCAACUCCGGGGUCCCCCAAACAAUCCGCUGAUGGGAGCGAUGAUCAAGGUGAUGAUGACGUAUCGAUAACACAAGAAGAAGCAGUGCAAACAUACUAUGAUACAGAGUCACUCACGCCACCGCAGAACUCGAAAAGUAUACUCUCGUGCUUCUACAAUAGCAAAACGAGUAAAAAACAAACAGUUGGACAGGGCCCAGACAUCACGCACCUACCAGAGAUGCCCGAUAUAACAGGCCAGAAGCCUGAUCAACAUGGGGAAGUGGAGGUUGAAGAAGAUUGUGAAGAGGAAUACGAAGAAGAGUAUGAGGAAGAAUAUGAAGAGGAGUAUGAGCAGGAUCUAACAUUAUGCUUAGGCGAAAAUGGUCGGAUCGGUAUGUUAGAUGUUCGAUUGGUUGAUAAGGAACUCCACAUUCUUGUAGAGGAUGCAGUUUUGACACUGGAGGCGAUACCAAUCCCCGUACAUGACGCAAUGGGCCAUGACGGUGAUGAGAAUCAUGAAAAUGGAACAGGGGAUAAUGCGGAAGAGGGAUCAACUACCUCUGUUCCGCAAGAGAUGCCACACACCCCACUUCCGAAACCAAAGGAAGAUCCAAAACGCGAAACCGCUGGAGAUCGUGUUCUGGCAAAAAAUGGUCUUGCCAAAGUGAUUUCUGCAAUACCACACCUCUUUCUGCGGGAUGUCCGCGUAAGACUUAUCAUAAGAAAUGAACCUCCGAACAAAGAUGAUACAGGAGAGCCAAAUCCUGACGAUACCAUGAUCGAAAUUGGUAUCGACUUUUUGUCCGUCGCAUCUGUAGGAGAUAUCUUGUCGCGAUUCCAAAAACAAACCAACGAUGAUGAUUUGGGCAAUUCUGCUGCAGAUGAUGGGAAAUCAUCGUUGAAUCGAAGAUCAUCUCUAGCCAAUGUUGAGGAUACAGUUGAGGAAAAUGAGUUCCUGUUUCGUCAUAUACGCACCGGAAAAGGACCUGAUGCAGGGAUUUGGAUUCGAGUGUAUAUCCCAGAAGCUAAGAUGUCAGCAGGGAGGCUACGGCGGCAUCAAGUGAGUGACGCUAGACCUUGUACGUGGGCUGCGGAGAGGUGGACCAUGGCAACCGACUAUUAUUUGCUGAGAUGUUCUGGACUUGACAUCCAAGGACGCAUCUACUUGGGAACGAAAAAAGAAGACGCUGCAUAUUCCUGGUGGUACGAUGAUCAGGAUAUUGAAGAAUACGAUGAGCUAACGCUAGAUUCAGUACUCAUGGGAGUAGAUCACAUUGCACCGGGACCUCAGCUCCCCUUGCCUCCCAUGCAACCAAGGAUAAAUCGAGACCUUACUCCCACUCCACAAAAAGGGGAAGAAUUUGAAGGUAGCGAACGCCCCAGCGCCACUGAGUCUGUGGUCCCUCUUUCCAAAGCAGAUCUUUUCUUCAAGGAUAGAAAUGGAAUACAAAGCUGUCAAGUCAAAAGUACCUUUCAUAGGGUAUCAAGAGGAAUGAUCCCUGGCUCGGCGAAAGACUGCCCUAAUUUACCAUCAGAGGACAACUCUGAUUCCUGGAUAGCACCACCUGGAAUAGAUAAGGAUUCGCUGCUUGAUGAUUCCAUCCCCAUGCCUGGUUUAGCUCUUCAAUUGACGAUUCGUGACCCUUUUGAAAUCAAUGUCGACAGAUCAUCACUCAAUACGAUAGGACUUCUUCGUUCCAUAUUUCAAAAGAGCGUAGCGGAUAAAAAUGUUCAAAAGAUAGUAGAAGCGAACCUUGAAGAUUCAACGACAACAACCGAUGCAACGACCAAUGACGAAUCGACGGAAAAUAUGGACACAUUUUCAAAAUUUGGUUGUGUCAUGCCAGAUAUUGAAAAGGAGGAAGGAAAGGAAGAUUCGACCGAGGCAUUCACUCAUCUCAUGCAACCUGAGAGCAUUCAAGUACUUGGACUCCACCUUUCUGAGAUUCAGCUCAGGGUUCACAUCAUGCGUAACGACGACAGAGAGAGCAAUCAUUCAUUCUGCUAUUGGGAAAUUGAGACCGAAUGUCUCACACUCGACCAGAAGAAAUUUGUCCUUUCACCUGCCAAUAUCUACUCUGAUCUUUUAGUCGAGGUUGGAUACUUGAGUUGGGACGAGUAUGUUGGAACUGAGCGACGCACCUUGCUUUCGUCUGGAUUCAAUGCCCUUGCAACCCGAGGGAGAAAUGAUUCGCAAUCAUACGCUACCUUAAGUUUCGAUGGUGAAGACGCUAGUGAAGCCCAGGAAAUAUGGCCAUGUACUGCAAGUGUAUUGUUGAAUAUCCCACCUCCGCACGAGACUCUCAUGUUUAAAGACAAGCAAAAUUAUGGAGUGCAGCUUCGGUUUAUUGGCAUGGGUCCUACUGCUGCCGGGAUUGCGAGAAGCUCAUUGCACGGCCGACUUGGUGUCACUGCAGUUGAUGCACAAUGGUCCCUCACGGCGCAGAUUGGUUCUGUCAUGCGAGAGAUGACGAAAAGCAUUUCUCCGAAGCGCUUGAAUCGUAAUGAAGAGACCUCUGAUUCGAAAGCCGCUGCACGUGGUGUACCGACUACAAGUCCGAAAACACUGAUGGUAUAUUGUGUUCAAGUUGACAAUGCUAUCUGCAAGAUGGAACCCAAAAUGAAUGCAAGAUUGCCCCCAAUGUGUGUGGCCGGUGAAAGAUCUUCCGAAAACGGAUUGUUUAUUGAAACAGUUGCCGAAAAGUUAAGAUUUGCUUGGGGUCAACCAACCCCUUCAAAAGCGAAAGGGCUCUCUUUGUAUCAACUAGCGGCUUUGCCGGAAGAUAUUAGAAUGCGAAUUCUACUUUGUCUUGAAGAUCUUCAGCCCCUCGAGGCGAGUUUGUUCCUCAAAAAGGAAAAAAACCCUUUCAAGAGAUGUCGAAAUGUCAACAAAGGGAUAGCUAAACUUGCCAAAAGGAUGGCCAAGGCUGCGAGAUUGCCCACAAUGUACUCGUCGCUAGCAGAUGGUGGCACCACUGAUCGCAAAGACAUCCUGAGGGAGAUCCUUUCUAUGGAUGAAGCCGAGCUGAAAGAAUUGUGGUUCCUGCAUCAAAAACAGAAAAGAAAGCUGGCAAAGAAACGAUUGCUAAUAUGA